AUGCAAGGUAACAGCAUAUCUCAGGAAAAACUGCAAUUGAUGCAAAAAAACUUUAACCUUGUGGAUAACAACAAGGAUGGAAAAAUUAGUGCAGAGGAAUUUAAGACACUCUUGCGAUUGCUUGGGCAAACCAGAACGGAGAAAGAGAUGGACGAGAUGGUGGACAAACAUUUUGAAUACAUAGGAGAGGAAGAGGAGCAGGAGCAAACGGAAGCUACCGAUGCUACUGCUAAGGGAGGAAUAGACAAAGGGAUACAAAGUACAGGGAAACAAUCGAACGGCCAGAAAAAUACAGCCAAAGCUAGCCCAAGUCAUGAUAGAAUAAAAAACCUUAUUACAAAACUGAACAAUUUUAAAAAUGAAGAAAAAAAAAAGGGUAACCCAAAUAUUCAAAAUAACAAAAGAUGUGAUAUAUAUGAAAGGAAUGAAUUGAUGAACAACAGAAAAAAACACAUAAACUUUGAAACCUUCUUGACGAUAUUUCUUGACAUUUAUGAGGAACCAUUAUCGGUAGACGAGCUAAUCACCUCAUUUGAAUUUUUCGACAAAGAAAAAAGUGGCUAUCUUGAUGAAGAGAAAAUGAGAUUUAUUUUGAAGAACAGCGAUGAAAAGUUAGUAGAUGAAGACAUGAAGUUGUUUUUCAAAUCGUUAAACUUGAAGGAUAAGGACAAAAUUGAUUAUGUCAUGCUGGCCAAGCGCCUCAAGAAUGUGACCUAG